UUUGUCCUCUUCUUAUUCUGUUAUGUUGCCUUGUUGGCGGGAAACCUUCUGAUCCUCAUCUCCGUUUGGUGCAGCCCCCUUUUCCACCAACCAAUGUACUAUUUCCUCAUUCACUUGUCCUUAAUAGACAUCUGCUAUACCUCUACUGUUACACCCAAGUUAAUUGCUGACCUGCUGGUAGAAAGAAAAACCAUCUCCUAUAGUAACUGCAUGUUACAGGUCUUUACAAUGCACUUCUUCGGAGACACUGAGAUCUUCAUCCUCACCGCCAUGGCCUUUGAUCGCUACGCUGCCAUCUGCAAACCUCUCCACUAUGUGAUUAUCAUGAACAGGACAAGAUGCAAUCUCCUAGUCUUAGCUGCUUGGACUGGUGGGGCCGUCCAUGCCUUUCCUCUCUUUUCUACUGCAAUUGGUUUGCCCUUCUGUGGGCCUAAUGAAAUUGAUCACUACUUUUGUGAUGUCUUCCCUUUGCUAAAAGUUGCCUGUACUGACACCUACAUCACUGGUGUCCUGGUGAUUGCCUUUUCAGGUAUGGCUUCCUUAGUUACCUUUAUUGUCUUAUUUGUUUCUUAUGGUAUUAUAUUAUUCACUUUAAGAAAUCUCUCAGCUGAGGGAAGACGCAAAGCCCUCUCUACCUGUUGGUCUCACAUCACUGUGGUCAUCUUAUUUUUUGCACCAGCAAUCUUUAUCUACCUUAGACCACCUACUACUUUCCCCGAGGACAAAAUAUUUGCUCUAUUUUACACCAUCAUUGCUCCUAUG